GGCCAAUGACGCCUGCCGUAGCAGCAGCAGCAGAAGCAGCAGCAGCACCAGAAGGAGCAGCAGACACAGCAGCAGCAGCAGCAGCAGUAGCAGCCGCAGCAGCAGCAGCUGAAGGAGCAGCAGCAGCAGCAGCGACAGCGGCAGCAGCAGCAGUGGCAGCAGCAGCAGCGGCAGCAGCAGCAACAGCAACAGCAGCAGCAGCAGCAGCAAAAGGAGCAGCAGCAGCAGCAGCAGCAGCAGCAGCAGCAGCAGCAGUAUCUACAGCCAUCCCCAUCCUCCCCUCCUCUUUGAGCCGCCGCGGGUCCACCCGCCGCCGCUCCCUCCCAGCCACCGCGGCAGCAGCAGCAGCAGCAGAAGGAGUAGCAGCAGCAGCAGCAGCAGCAACAGCAGCAGCAGCAGGUGCAGCAGCAGCAGCGGAUGGAGCAGCAGCAGCAGCAGCAGGAGGUGCAGCAGCGGAUGGAGCAGCAGCAGCAGCAGCUGCAGCAACCGCAGGCAGUGCAGCAACAGCAGCCGCAGCAGGAGGUGCAGCAGCAGCACCAACAGCGGCCACAGCAGCAGCAGCAGCAGCAGCCACUGCAGCAACCUCAUCGGCAUCGCCGCACCACCUCUCCUGACUCCUCCUGGGCUGACUCCCAGC